CCAAUCAGGAAGCACAGCGCAUGGGCUUCUGGGAAAAGAGGGCAGGGCUAGAGAAGUGGGUGCUGCAGGAUGGGGGGGAGUUUGAAAUGAAUGAUGUGUUCAGGCGGUUGGUGAAGCAGGCGGAAGAGAAGAUACCGGCAUUCUGCUGAACGAAGGCACGGAGGAAAGAAGAAGAAGCAGAAGAUAUCAGAUUUAGAAUAAAAAAAGGAAAGAAAUUGAGAAAAAAUCUCCGAUUGAAAAGCCAAGGAUUGGGCAAUGCAGUUGAUUGUGUGUGAACCCUCAGCCAUGUCCACGGCAGGAGUAGUGAUGGAUCCUGCAGGAGACGCGAACAUCCUGCAGUCCUGCGCUACUGAGGACAGCGUCGCUUCUCUGGAGGACUUCACUGCGGAGUCCACAGCCAAUGAAUCAUCAGAGGAGGAAUCUCCCUUUGAGCAAGAAGAGGAGAGAAACAUCAUCACCACACACACAGAGCCUGCUCCUAUCUCCAUGACACCAGGCUCAUCUCUGUGGACGUGGCAGAGGGACAGCGAGGUGAAGCUAAGGAUGGGCGAGUCUGGACCGGCAGCUGAAGCUCCUCUGACCGUCAACCAGCUGUUCACUCGUGCAGUGGACCAAUACGGAGAGCGAACGGCGCUCAGCUGGAAAGAAGGCGAGCAAUGGAGGAAACUCAGCUACAAAGAUUAUUACAGAGACUGUCGUACCGCCGCCAAGAGCUUCCUCAAGCUCGGAUUGCAGCGUUACCAUGGAGUCGGCAUCCUGGGCUUCAACUCUGCCGAAUGGUUCAUAGACAUUGCAGCCAUUUUGGCUGGAGGUUUCGCGGUGGGCAUCUACACCACCAACUCCCCGGAAGCGUGCCAAUAUGUGGCUGAGAACUGCCAGGCCAACAUCCUGGUGGUGGAGAACCACAAACAGUUGCAGAAGAUCCUACAGAUUCAAGACAAGCUUCCUCACCUGAAGGCCAUCAUCCAGUACAAAGAUGCCCUGAAAGAGAAGAAACCCAAUCUUUACACGUGGGAGGAGUUUAUGGAACUGGGUCGCAACGAGCCGGACGCUCCGCUCGAUGACAUCAUCGCGUCCCAGAAACCAAAUCAGUGCUGCACCCUGAUCUACACAUCAGGAACCACCGGGCAGCCGAAGGGGGUCAUGCUGAGCCAUGAUAACUUGACUUGGACGGCGUUUUCGACGGCGUUUACCAUCCGCCUGUCAGAAACGUCCCAGGAGGUGGUGGUGAGCUACCUGCCCCUCAGCCACAUCGCUGCCCAGAUGGUCGACAUCUGGAUCACUAUGAGGGUUGGAGGAGCCACGUACUUUGCCCAGCCUGAUGCACUUAAGGGUUCGUUGGUGAACACCCUGCGUGAGGUGCGACCCACGGCGUUCCUGGGAGUUCCCCGGGUCUGGGAGAAGAUGCAGGAGAAGAUGAAGGCAGUCGGAGCCAAAUCGUCCACAGUGCGGCGUAAAGUGGCAUCCUGGGCCAAAGAUGUGGGUUUGCAGACCAACCUGAGCAAGAUGGAGCAGAACGGUGCGAUGACCCGCACGCCGCUGAACUAUCGCCUGGCCAAACGCUUAGUGUUCAGGAAAGUGAGGAAGGCGCUGGGUUUGGACCGCUGCGUCCGCUGCUAUACCGGUGCUGCACCAAUUACCAAGGAAACGCUGGAGUUCUUCUUCAGCCUGGACAUCCCUCUGCUUGAGCUGUACGGCAUGAGCGAGAGCAGCGGACCCCACAGCAUGUCGAUGCCCGAUGCCCUCAGACUCACAAGCUGUGGAAAAGUGAUCGCAGGUUGCCAGACGAAGAUCUUUAACCCCGACUCGGAAGAAAACGGCGAGAUCUGUUUCUGGGGACGUCACGUUUUCAUGGGCUACCUGAACAUGCCUGACAAGACCGAGGAGGCGCUGGAUGCAGACGGCUGGCUGCAUUCUGGAGACCUGGGCAAACAUGACAAGGACAACUUCCUGUACAUUACAGGACGCAUCAAAGAACUGAUCAUCACUGCCGGAGGAGAGAACAUUCCCCCGGUGCCCACCGAGGACGCGGUGAAGGAGGCUGUGCCCAUCAUUAGCAACGCCAUGCUAAUCGGAGACAAGCGCAAAUUCCUCUCUAUGCUGCUCACCCUCAAGUGCCAGUUAAACAGUGAGACGGGUGUCCCGGAGGACGAACUCACCCCAGAGGCUGUGGAAUGGUGCAGGAAGUUGGGCAGCUCGUCCACUCGGGUGUCUGAGAUCUGCGGGGGACGCGACCGCAUCGUCCACUCCGCCAUCCAGGACGGCAUCAACCGAGUGAACGAGAGCGCCACGUCCAACGCUCAGCGCAUCCAGAAGUUCACCGUGCUCCAGCAGGACUUCUCCAUCCCCGGAGGAGAGCUCGGCCCCACAAUGAAGUUGAAGAGGCCGGUGGUGCAGAAAAUGUACAAAGACCAAAUCGAGAACUUCUACAAAGAGGCCGUGACUCCGAGCAACCCAGAGACCCCUCUGCCUACUAAAUAAGAUCCGUACCAAAGGGCGACCACACACACACACACGCACGCGCACACACACACACACACACACACACACACACACACACUUAGCCUUCUGUCUGUAUGUGUCGCUGUUCAUGUAAAUGACUUUGUGUGUGUGUGUGUGUGUGUGUAAGAGACGAAGCGUAACUUUCCCCACGUGAUGUUUUCCUGCUGAUUCUCUUCUCUGUUUGUUUUUAAGUUUUCUAUUCAGCUUUUCUUCUUGUUUGUUUACAUUUGCAAGCUAAAGAACCCCGCGCGAGCCGCUUCGUGAAAUCCUCCUCGAGCAUAGCGUCAGUUAUUUAUUUAUUUCCGAGGUGUGAUGAAGACGUUGUUGUAGAUGUAGUGCCGAUUCCUCGAGCUGCACGCCUUCGAGCGAUGGAUUUAUUUAUUCACUUAUUUAUAGUUUCUGUUUUCACCAAAGUCUGAAACUAGAAGGAAAAAAAACGAGUGUGUUUGUAGCUGGAGUGUAUUUCAGUCUCGUCCUGCUCUCAUUGCUCCAUAGUGUGCCAUUCUGCAUUGGGUUUGUCUCUGGCUCUCUCUGUGGAUCGAUGGAGUCACCAUCAUUCUCUGAGAACAUUCCAGAUGUCUAGAAAUAAAGGAAAAAGAAUUCUCACACGUGA